AGGAAGUCAUGUGACAGCAGAGCUGGCCAAUGAGACAACGGUUCAGCUCCCCGUUUUCGGUGGAGGAGACUUACUUCGGAAGGCGCGUUUCCCGCGAGGGAGGCCGCCGCUCAGACUCGCCCGGGGCGAGAUGGCUCCCGCGCGGUACUGCGUCCCUGGAGAGAGACUCUGCAGCUUAGAGGAAGGAACCCCCGGAAGCGGCACCUACACCCGUCAUGGUUCGAUCUAUGCCUCCUUGGCUGGUUGUCUCAUGAAGAAAAGUGAGAAUGGCAUGCUCCCAGUGGUUUCUGUGAUGCGGGACGUGGAAUCUCAGCUUCUUCCUGAUGUGGGAGCUACAGUGACGUGCAAGGUUUGCAGCAUUAACUCUCGUUUUGCCAAGGUGCACAUCUUGUAUGUUGGCUCUACGCCAUUAAAAUCCCCAUUCCGUGGAACUAUCCGGAGAGAAGAUGUCAGAGCUACAGAGAAAGACAAGGUAGAAGUUUACAAGAGUUUCCGCCCAGGAGAUAUUGUUUUGGCCAAAGUUAUCUCUCUGGGUGAUGCACAGUCCAACUAUUUGCUGACAACAGCGGAAAAUGAGCUGGGGGUAGUGGUGGCUCAUAGUGAAGCAGGGGUACAGAUGGUGCCAAUCAGCUGGUGUGAAAUGCAGUGCCCCAGUACACAUAGCAAGGAACUGCGCAAGGUAGCCAGAGUACAGCCCCAGUUUCUGCAGACGUAGUGACUGAUGUAUGCCCAAAGAUGCACAGCAAGUACAUGAGAGGCUUUGCUACAGCUUGCAAGCUUAGUGGGGCAUGGAAGCAGCCUCCUUUGCUGUUGCAGAUUAUGAGUGUGCAAAACAGAGCUGGGCCACUUUCGCUUCUGGAAUGGUCUGGGAAAGAAAAGUUGAUGACAACUCCUGAUUCCUCUUAACUGUUGUACUGUUUUAUAAACCAACCAACUCUUCCCUGUCUUUCCUGCCUGAUUUUAAUCUUAACACCUGGUAAAGGACAAAUAAAACUGUCUUCCAUUCUUC